AUGAGCAAGUCUAUAGCAGUAGCCACUCUACUAGAUCCACGCUUUAAAUCUCUUGUGUUUGAAAGCCGAGUUGCAGCAGAUAAUGCAAAGAAGCAGCUUAUUGAACUAGUAGCACAAAAGAUGGGUGACAGAAGACUGACAAACACAGGCCAGAGCCAUGAAACUGUGUCAACUUCAACCACCACUGAUCCCUUGUCAGUAUGGGGUGGCUAUGAUGCAAGUGUAAAAUCAACACAGCCCCAGGGCACUCCUCAGUCAGUUGCUAUUGUGGAAGUACAAAGGUACAUGGACAGCCCAGUUAUUAGUAAACGUGAGAAUCCACUGGCAUGGUGGCGUGGAAAUCAAUAUAUUUUCCCAAAUAUUUCUAAAGUGGUGAGGGAAAAAUUCAACAUAGUGGGCACUUCUGUGCCAUGCAAAAGAAUAUUUUCUAAAACUGGUAUCAUUAUAAAUGAAAGGCGAACACGGCUGAAGGUGUCUAAAGUUGAAAAACUUAUAUUUCUAAAUAUGAACAGUACUAACUGA